UCACCGUCUAUUCUCACUAGCUUGAUAAAAACAUUUGAUAUAACCAUCGACAACCGUCGAUCGACGCAGAAACAUGGAAUCAACAUGCACAUCCGACACACUGAAUGGCAUCAUUGACUUAGACCCCAAGUCUUGCACGGAAAAGUCCGAACAACUCUUCUUCCCUGAUAAGCCCGUUAAUGGCGGCUCAUAUUCUGCUUCCUUCACACAGUCCAGUCAAAAUACUCUCUCUCUCUCUCUCUCUCUCUCUCCCCAAAUUUCAACACACCAUCUUCUUCUUAGCUUCAUCUUCUCUCUCUAGAAACCCAUCUCCACUCUCUCUCUCUCUCUCUCUCUCUCUCUCUCUAAAACCCAUCUAAUCCUCCAUGGGUCCAAUUCUUCAAGCAGCCUUCGCCGCUAUAGCGAGCUUCUUCGUUGUAACCAUAAUUUUCCUUGUGAUCGUCGGCCUCUGCAAAGGAGGCAAGAAGCAAGACCCACAAUCUCGAACCCGAACGGUUCCCAAUUCGGAUCUCUCCUCCAUCGCCAUCAGCGAGAGCGCCUCCUUUGACCGGUCUCUCCACCGGAUCUCCAUGGGCGAACUCGUCAAGGCGACCCGGGAUUUCUCGUCGGACCUCAUCAUCGGCGACGGCAGCUUCGGGCUGGUCUACAAGGCCCGACUCAACUCCGGUCUCACCGUUGCCGUCAAGAAGCUCGGCUCCGACGCCUUCCAAGGGUUCCGGGAGUUCCGGGCCGAGAUGGAGACCCUCGGGAAGCUCCGGCACCCGAACAUCGUCACGAUCCUCGGCUACUGUGCCACUGGGUCGGACCGCCUCUUGAUUCUCGAGUUUAUCGAGAAAGGCAGUCUUGACCAAUGGCUUCUUGACACGUCAUCAUCGAAUAAUGACGCGUCAACCCCAAUUUUACCCUUAUCUUGGGAGACGAGACUUAAGAUCGUUAGAGGGGUAGCCAACGGGCUAAAUUACAUGCACAAUUUAGACAAACCUAUAAUUCAUAGAGACAUCAAAGCUAGCAAUGUGUUGUUAGAUUCUGAAUUUGAACCGCAUAUCGCUGAUUUUGGAUUAGCGAGGAGAAUUGAAGGUACAAGUGCCCAUGUGUCGACUCAAGUGGCUGGAACAAUGGGGUACAUGCCGCCAGAGUACAUUAAUGGCGCCACCAUGGCGACAACGGUGGGAGAUGUGUACAGUUUUGGAAUUUUGAUGUUGGAAAUCGCGACAGGGAUUCGGCCCAAUUUGCCAUUCAAGGUGGAAGAGGAGGGAGGUUGCAAGGAAGUGAGAUUGGCCGAAUGGGCUCGGAAAAUGGCAGAGAAAAAUCAACAAAUGAAGAUGUUGGAUGCUAAUAUUUCUAGGGAUGGGCUAAACCAAGAUGGGGUUGUGGAGUUUUUCAAGAUUGCUACAUCUUGUUCUAGUGAGGAAUGCAAGCUUAGGCCUUCCAUGAAGGAGGUUAUGGAGUCGUUAAAUCGGAUUCCGACUUGAAAUAAUUUUUUUUUGCAUUGGUUACUAUGCCAUUGCAAAUACUAAUUUUUUUUGCAACCAAUCGUCCUACUAUGCAAAAAAAUUUAGACGCAAAAAUCUUUUUUCUGGUGGUAGUGUUUGACGCAGAGUGAGGACAAGUUUGUUGAAUUGUUUGUAUUUGUUCAUGGGCUCAAUCAAGUGAGGUCAUGGAAAUGAAGAUUGUGAAUAGCUUUUGGUAGGCAGUGGCAAAAGGGUAAAUCGUGUAUGAACGAUUGUUUCUGAUUUUUAUGGUGUUUUUUGUAAAGCUUGUUUAUAUUGAAGUACGUUUUUUUUUUUUUUUUUUUGGUUGAGUUUUUGGUAGUUGUUUAAGGUAGUAUGAUAUGAUGAUUCAUGAAGUUUGUUAAGUCACUGUUGCAUAAUAAUUACAUUAACCAAGUAUUCAUUGAAUUGUA